UUUAUGACUUCUUAGAGCCAUGCUCCUGCCUCAGACAUAAGCUGCGCGCAGCCUGACAGCUUCGCAACUCUCUCCCCCCUGUGUGCGUGUUGGGCUCUGCAGCCGACCCGUCGCCAUGCUGAGGCAGAUCCUCCUCAACUCCACCGACGCGCCGGACUUCGACCUGGUGCUCAUGGCUCAGUCCGCCGCCGCCACGCACGCCCCCGCCUCCCUGAACGCGUCCAACGGCGGCUCGGUGAGCGUGGCCGCGCUGCUGAGGCCCACCGCGGGGAGAGGCGGCGGGGGGCUGCGGGAGGGCGAGCUCCACAAACCGGACCUGAUCACCUACAUCGUCAUGUGCCUGCUGCUCUUCCUCCUGGUGCUGCUCAUUGUGUUCUUCAUCAACUGCCAGCUCCGGAACUCCUUUUUCGCCUCCAUGCCAUAUGACAGGUCACUGAGAGAGGCCCGGACCUACAAGUAGACCCCCCCCCACCACCACCAUCACCACAACAAUUUUUCUUUCCCUUCUUUAUUAAGGACAAACCCCUAGAAUUGUGGGUGAGAGCUCAAGGAACAUGCAGCUGGAUAUGAUCUGGAACCUAAUCAGUGAAGGACUUGAUGAUGUGACACAUCCAUCAGUGGACUGUGGCAGCGGGAGAGAUAAACUCUGAGUGAAUUGGUGACUCACAGGCCGGAGCUUUUCUGCUAUAUUUAGUGUCAAAGAACAGCAGGAACGUGAAACGAUCUAUCGUCUGUUAUGAUCCACAUGUGUUCUCUCUGCAAAGCUGAAACAAAUGUAUUCCCAUCAUUCCAGUAAAGCGUCCCAGUACAAUUCUGACCUGGUGCCUGCCUGGGCCAGUUUCUCCUUCAUGAAUCAUGACUCACAACGAUGUGCUAAGGAUCUGUGUAAAAGAACAACAUUACUGUAGAGCUGUAACCUGAAUGUUGUCUUGUGAAUCAAUUAGGCAACACUUUCUAACCUUCUAGAAAUGACAGAUUGUGAGGAGCCUACUGAAAUGUCCUGUCUUUUCAGUUGUGCGCCUGUAAAUGAAAAAA